UUUCUACAAACUGCAAUCACUGAACAGAAGUUAGACAUGGUUCCCUUUCGGAGCUUAUUUAUGGUUCCUUGUGGCUGGCCUGUGGUACGGUAUGUGUCAAUUUAUACGAUCCUGAACCGCGGAUCCGAUUAGGUCUCCUCCUUGGAACGCAGAACCACUCUGCGCAUCAUAGAUUGUGCCCUGAGUGCGACCUCAUCGCUCGUCAUAGCCUCUAUCCGACUCCGGGUCUUCCGCGGUUGCAAUAAUGCUGCUCGAAACUUGUUACUAUGUGUCCUAUCCUUGUCAAGGCGCAAUUGCCGCCAACGGUGCCCGCGAUGAGAACGCGGUAUUGAGCUGUCGUACAGAGGAAAUUGUAGCGACUGACGGGCUGUAAAGGUACAACUCAUUCAUUAUGACGCUGUUGUACAUAAGGGGGCUAGCCCCCUACCAACCAGGUGACAACGGCACCGAUGUGAUCAUCAACGAAGUUCACUUCAAUCGAACCGCGCUAGACACCUACAACUACAGGCUCUACACCAACGGGACACUAUCCAAUGGCACGAACUGCUUCCUAGCCUUCCAGCGAUUCAGACCUCACAUGUUCGCUGAGAACGGCACAUUCAUCAACGGAACAUCGUGCUACGCGCCCAUCAAUGAUAUCGGCCAACAUGCGUCCCUCGGUCUAGCAUAUGCCCUGAUGUUCGUCAUCACCAUCUUCCUUAGUCUCAUCAACCUCCGCAAGCAUGGCCGCAGCUACCUACCGCACGAUCGCCGCUGGAACAUCGUAAGCCGACGACUAAAAUGGUGCUGGCUCAUAUUCGUCGCCGUCUGCGGCGCCAUCAGCUGCUUCAUGAGCAUCGACGUCGAUAGAAACUACCUCCAAAGCGCACCUUUAAUCCUCCAAAGCGUAUUUUACACCCUCCUAACACCAGGCUUAAUGGCCGCAGUCUGGGAAGCCGUCCGACACUGGGCAAGCUGGCAGGCCCGCCAAAUUCACGACCGCGACCCCUACGCCUUCACCAAAACCAGCACACGCAAAUGGCAGGAAAUCCUCCUCCCCAUCCUCUUCUACAUCCUCGCCCUCCUAAACUUCAUCCUCACCGUUCCCCGCAGCUGGUCCGCAAUCGAGCUCCAACGCAGCGAAGAACAGCAAACCAUCAACGCCCGCCCAGUGGCAACAGACACCCGCUGGCGCGCAGCAGGGUUCGUAGCCCUCGCCGGCAUGCUGGUGAUAACUUACAGCCUCGAACACAGCAUUUACCGGUACAAGCCCCGCCCAUCAAGCACAGGCGGCCAACUCCUCUUCUACCUAAACGCCGCACCCUCCCAAUUUCUCCUCGCCAUCGCCAUCCUUGGGAUCAAAAUCGGCUAUGCCAUCGCCUCAGCCUUCGAUUGGACCGUCUCGCCACUGAAAUACGACGUUCAGUCCGGCUGGAUCUACGGCCUAGGCUAUACACCCGCCCUACUCAUCAUUCUCAUCUUCAAUAUCUGCGGCUACUGCGAGCUAAACGAAGACAAGGCACUUAUCGCGCAGCGCGGGGAACUAGAAUCCGGAUUAGCUAGCGACGUGGGUAUCGGACAGAGGAAUCCACCGUGGUGGAAGAAGCAACGACUGCGUUCGUUUGCGAGGGAGAUUACAGGUCGGGGAUCCCCGAUAGACCGGGACAGGGAGGAUAUGGCCCGGUAUGUCGAGAUGGGGAUCAUCAAACCGCAAGAGCAGAGCGGGGAUAGAGUCGUGGGGAUCUCAGAGCUGAACAAGGAGGAACCCCGCAUUAUGACGCGGCAGGCAACGAGUAUGGGGGAUGAUGGUUCGGAGUCGCCGCUGGAUCAGAUUGAGUAUGUUGUGCAACCGGAGCGGGAUGCAUCUCCGCAGCCCGACCCCAGGGGAAAGGAUGUAUGAGAGGGGGGUUUGCAUUGUAUGCAGGUAUAAUGGGGCGUGUUAUUAUAGAGGUUUUAAUUGCUUUCUGGAAACGGGGUUGGGUAAUUAGUCAAUGGGUUUUCAGGGGACUU